AUGUUGCAGCUAUCUCCCGACGAGCUCCGACAGAAAUACUUCAACUCCAUUGCCCCGUCUUACGCUCGCCUGACGGGCAACACGACACGGCACAAUUUUGUCGCUGCUUUGGAGCAGAGUGAUCUAGGCAUUACAUCCAAAUCUGUCGUUCUCGACAAUGCUUCAGGCCCUGGAACCGCCACCUCUGCUCUCAUUCCUUGGUGCGAGCGACGCAGUCUCAAGCCCAAGAUUGUAUUGACAGACUUCACCCCGGGCAUGAUUCAAGAGUUUGAUGAAAUCAGAUCUCAACACCUACAGAGCGAGCUUUGGCAGAGCACCGAAGCCAAGGUGGCCAACGCGCUGGACCUAUCUGCGUCAUUCCGCGAGGGUCACUUUACCCACGUGGUGGACAGUUUCAGCGUUUCGACCGUCGGGACCAAGGACCAGCAGCAACAAUCCCUCCGAGAGGCGUACAGAGUUUUGUCUCCCGGGGGCUUGGCCGUCUACCUGAACUGGAAGCGUUUCCCCAUGUCGGAGAUGAUCGACGCCGCCCAGGCCGAUAUCAAGGGCGAGGAAUGGGCACGGGAGCACCGGGUACCCGUCAACGGCGCCGAGUUCAUCCAGGAGGGUUACCUUGCUCAGAUGAUGGCUGGGGACGGCUGGGAUUCAAGCAAGAUUCAAACCGCGCAGACGAGCUAUUUGGUCCAGGAGGGCGAUGAUUGGGAUGGGCUUUUCGAGUUUCUGCAGGUCAGUCCACCUUCCAUGAUUGCAAGGCGGGGCUUCACGGCGGAAGAGGCUGCUCAGUGGCCUGAAGCGAUCAAGCGGGCAAUGAGGAAAGAGAAAGAAGUCUAUGGAGGGGUCUACACUGAAGCUUGGAUCGUCUUGGCUAGAAAAUAG